UUCCACAUUCACAAAAACAGCUUUCAUUUUUUUUUUUUUUUUUUUUACUUAUCUCUCACAAUUACACAAGAAAUUGCUUGCCAUCUGUCCUUGGUCUUGUCACUCUACUAGUGUGUUCUUGACGAGGCCGCCACGUGUCUGCCGCCAUGGCACACAUCACCAACCUCACCAACACAUCAACAGUAAUUCUUUUCUCCCCAGAGGUGUCGAGGACUACAUUUCCCAGUACCCAAGACCCUUCCGACACAUAACUCCUGACUCUCCUCCAUUAUGGCCGGAAGUAGACGAGGAGAAUGGCAGCCCUAUAUAUGUUUGUGCAGUGCAGAAACCAAGUACUGCCAAUAUUAAGGGCCGCAGGGAUGUUCCUUGUCCAGUGUAUCGUGGCCUACCAGGACUAAGACAAGAUGGCAUUCAAAGGCGCACUGCCUGGCUUCAGAUGAAGUACAGGCAACGCAUGAAGCUUCACUUGAGGCGUAAAAAGGUUGUAAGUCAGCAAAUAGAGCAAUUCAGGUUGAAUAAAGCUGAGGCUCAUUCAUCUGUGCCUUCUAUACGCGCGGCCACAGCUGCCACCAUCAGGCAAAACCCUCCGCCCUUACUCAAGCUCCUGGACCCACAGGACAGAGGUAUCUUUACUCCACGUCCUUUGAUGACCGCCACCUUGCAAGACUACCAUGGAGCCACCAACAUUACCUUGGAGAUACCCAGUGAAGGGAUGCAGGCAGCAGAGUUAACUUGCAUAGUCCUGCAGCAGCAACGACACCCACAUGAAGCUCUCCCUGUCCACCGCUACCACAUGCUGCAAGUGUUCACGCCACACUGUGUACACACUGUAGCUCCUGAUGAAAUAGUGAUGCCUCAGCCUCCUCUCAGGGCCGUCACCACUCACACCGACUCCACUUAUCUCCUCACUGUCGAUGCCUCUCACUAUAAGAUGGAGGAAGAUGAGAAGUUGGAGUACUGCCGAGAGCUGCUGCCGUGUUCAAAGGAGCUACAGGAGGCACGCUACUCUGAGGUGCUUAAGGGCCAGCGCAUCGCCCUGCAGGCAAGAGUCACAGCCAGGGAGGACAUGCUUCGUUUUAUUGAGUGUGUAAAGAGAGGGGAGCUGCAGGUGGAGGGCUGUAGUGUGGAUGAGGCAGUGGAAGAGCUUGUUCAUCAUGGCUUCAGCAGUGACCCUGAGGAGAUGAUGUACAGAUGUGGUGACCUGGAUGAAUUCUGGAAGGAAAGGUAUGAGGAUGGACAUGUCGGGUGGCAUCAGCAGGGUUGCCUCCCUCACCAAGUGACCACUGAGGCAUCCAAGUUGGUCAGGGAGCAAGGAAUGCAGUACAUUGCACCAUCAGACAUGGGGCCCUAUGGACGUCAUUGGUACCCAGAUUACUCAUAUUUGAGGCAGGCUGUCAUUGCAGCAAAGACCAGGAGCCAGUUGGUGGAGCAGUUGACAGAAGAACUUAACUCUUACCGCCACCACUUGCACCAUCUUGACUCCAUCACUCCCAUGGAGCUCUUCACUGAUGACAGAGAGGCUCUCCUUGAACGUUUGUAUGAAGAGGCUCAGGUUGAGCAGCUGAAGGAGCAACAACAGGCAGUCUUCCAGAGUCAGUUGGAGGCCAAACAGUACCAUGUUUCCAGCAACCACCUGGCUGGUGUCACUAUUCUCAGGCAGCUACCAACAAACUUUAAUGACUUUCGGUUUUGUCUUGAUAUAUUUGCAUACGUUCUGAGCAUUCAUGCCUAUGAUCUUGCCCUGAAGAUUGCCAUCAAAGAGUUUUGUGACAUGCGUGGUUAUUAUCUCUUCAGGAGUUUCCUCCUGAAAAUGAUUAGGAAGAACAGGAGGGAAAUAUUGGAAGUAUUGGAGAACAGUAAAAGAAUGUCAUUUAGCUUCUCUGAUCAAAUUUCUGCAGCCAAUCCUGUAAAUUCUGGGGACCACUUUGAUGUUUCUCCUAGAUGGUCAGAUGAUGGGGUGGGAUCUAUUCCAAGUAAGCAGCCUGAAGCACCAGCUACUUCUGGACACCCUCCUGACACAGCACUGCACCACAAAGAUAAGAAAUGUGGAAACAAAGGAAAGAGAUCUCUAUCUCAACAUGGGAAGAAAACUAGCCAGCAGCAUGUGAGAAGUAAUGUACAUCACCACAGAACUGACACUGUACCAAGGCAUCACAGAACUGGCAGUGUACCAAGGCAUCACAGAACUGGCACUGUACCAAGGCACCAUAGAACUGGCACUGUACCAAGGCAUCACAGAACUGGCACUGUACCAAGGAACUACAGAACUGGCACUGUACCAAGACACCAUAGAACUGGCACUAGAUCAGGUCAUCACAGAACUGCCACUACAUCAAGACACCACAGAACUGUGACUUCAUCAAGGCAUGAAAGAACUAGCACUAUAUCAAGACACCACACAACUGUGACUUCUUCAAAGCACCGCAGAACUGUUAUUUCUUCAAGGCACCGCAGAAUUAUUAUCUCUUCAAGGUACCACAGAACUGUUACUUCUUCAAGGUACUGCAAAACUGUUACUUCUUCAAGGCACUACAGAACUGGCACAACACCAAGGCACCACAAGUCAUCUAGCACUACAAGGCACAACAGAACUGACACUACAUCUAGACACCAAAGAACUAGUACUUCUUCAACACAUCACAGCACUCACAAUGUAUCCAGGCACCACAGAACCCACACUACAUCAAGGAAACAUAGAUCACCUGGCACUACAUCAAGCCACAACAGAACUCACACUACAGCAAGCCACAAAAGAAAUCACACAUCAUCAAGCCACAACACAAUUCACACUACAGCAAGACACCAGAGAACUCACACUACAGCAAGAAAACACAGACCACCUGGCACUACAAGGCACCACAAAACUCACACUGCAUCAAGACACCACACACCACAUGACACUACAACAAGGCACCACAAAACUCACAAUACAUCAAGGCACCACAGACCAACUGGCUCCACAUCUAGGCACCACAGAACUAGCACAUCACCGGGGCAUCACAGAACUAGCACACCACUGGGGCACAGAACUAGCACACCACCAGGGCACCACACAACUAGUGCUAUACCUGUACCUGAGCACCACAUGACUAAUGCUGUACCUGACCACCACACAACUGGCACUGUAGCUGCAAUCCACUAUGAUGGAAGUAACAGUGCCUUUAGUGAUUACAGGGAAAGUGAAGGUGGCAGUGUUGGUUAUAAAAGUAAAGGUCACAGAAUUAUUGAUGGCCAAAGUGACAUACCCUUUGACAGGGCCAUUGAUGGUGAAAGUCUAGAUAAAACAGGUCCCAGUGGUGAAAGUGAAAAUGGUGACACAGCCAUCAUUGGUGAAAAGGGAGGUGACAGGUUCUUUGUUAGGAGAAAUGACAGUGAUAUGGUUCUGGAAAGAGACUAUGAAGGAUACAAGACAGUACACAGUGGAGGCAGUAGUGGUCACAAAAGGCAUGUGGUCUCCCAGCAAUGUGGCAAUGGCAGUAACUCAUUUCUCAGUAAUAUUCAUGAUGAUGAGAUCAAACAGAUUUUUGAAGGAAGUAGUGAAGAUGAGACUGCAACACCAAGCAGUGGUGAGAGAAUCAGUCACAAUAAGGAUCCAGGCAGUCAUGCUGUAGAAACUAACGAAAGUGAGGGUUAUUCCAUAACUUCAAAUGAUAAAAGUGACAGUGGUCAAGACGCUGUGCACAAUGGAGGGGAUGAUUCUGAUGUUAAUUCAACAAGUUGUGAUUCUAAUAAAAAAAAGAAAGCCCUGGUAUCAACAACCAGGGGUAGGGUACCUCACAGUUUUAAUGAGUUUGGUGACUCUUCAAGUGACAUCAUAAGUUAUGACACUUCAAGUGAUGAAGGUCGUGCCUCAGGAAUAAGUGAUGAGAAAGAACCCCAUUCUGCCCUGAGUGAUGGCUCUGACAGUGAUGCAAUGACCCUUGCUGGUUACAUGAAGCAGGGUUCUGAUAAUGCAGAAAUAGCUGAUCAUAAGAAAAAGGCUCAUACUGCAGAAAAAAAGAAGAGAGAUAACAGGAAAAUGCAUGAGAAGGAAGAGUCUCUGUGGGAACCAGUAGCUCUAACAGAGUCUGAAGGACAUCUCACAUCUUGGGGACCACUGAAACUCAUCUAUGAUAACCUUAGCACCCUUCUACAAAAAUGGGACCAUCACAGUUAUCUAGUGCGAGUCUUCCAUAGAGCUUUCAAAUUAGAGUGUGAGAAGUGGCGAGAGGUUGUAAAGAGGACAUACAGGCUUCUGUCUCCAAAGUUUCGAGAGAUGGAAAGGCGAAGGGAAGCUAAGAAGAAAGCUGGUUGGUACAAGUUGUCCACACCACUUGUAAAUACAAGAGUGAAGUAUCAAGGCAGGAAGAGUCCAUGUGGUGCUGAACUACGGUGGGUGCAGAAUCAUGUUCAUUGGCUGAUGAAAUAUGACAUGACUUUGAAUCUCAAACACCAUGCUUUGGUUCGCCUCCUGCUGAAGAAAAGAGCUGGCCAGGCCAAGUGAUGCUUGUAUGAAGAAGAUAUCUAAGCAGUGAUCUAUGAAGGAGAAUCUUUUAUUGUCUUAAAUUUCAGUGGAUGAAAAUGAAGAUAAAGAGUAAGUCAGACAUAAACAAAAUAUUAAUGAAAUGUUUUUCAGUCAUGUGUUCAUAAAUGUCAUGAGUAUACAGCUCACAUAUGUUCAAAAUGGAAUGUUUGUUUCUUAGAAUAAGUGUAUUUAUCUCUUAAGAUCCUCUAAAAGGUAACAAAGUUGCUGUAGUUUCUACCUGAGAGCAUGUUGAAACUGAAAGAUAUGGUAAAUCAUUUUUUCUUUUUAGUUUUCAUUGCAGAGAUUGGAUAGAUUUUUAAAGAUUCAUUUGAGUUUCAUCUGUCUAUGUACCAGGCUCAUGUCUUCACAAGGGAGCUAACUGAAACAAGUCACAUCCACACACCUGCACUGACCCAUCUUCCUGAAACCCAUACACCCACUCAAAUAUCAAACGUUCCCUGAUACUAAAUUUAAACCCAUCUUAUCUCCAAGAGUUUUCAUGAGUGAGGCAAGCAAUUGGAAUGAGUGUGUGUGAUGCAAAAAUUUACAAGCAUUACAAGUUUAUGUGCGAAUAUGAACACAGUUGUCAUUCAUUAUGGUGUAUAUUAAUAAUUGUAUUUUGUUUUUGGAGUUUUAAAUCUAUUGAUUAAUUAAUUAAUUUUUUUUUUAAUGGUUUGUCAAAACAGGCUGCAGCAUCUUGCUCUUUAUUGACCAUGAAGUUAUAUAAUACGUACAUAUAUUUCAUAAUUACAACCUUUUUAUAAAUUAGGGAAAGGUACACAGAAAAUUAGUUUCUUGUAUUUCACUGUACACACACACACACACACAUACAGAGUGAAGACCAAACCUAACCAGGAGGAAAAGAACUCACAGAUGGUGCCAUUUCAUGCAGUUAGUUUUCCCUUCCAGUAUACUCUUUGCUGUUACCAAUUAGUUUGCCCACUAAAACAUCAAACAGCCACACAUAAAGCAUAUAAUUCUCCCAUUAACUUGCAUGAUUUAACAGACCAAUUAUAUCACA